AUGUUCCCAAGAUCCUGUUACAAGUGCGGUGAAACCGGCCACAUCGCCGACAACUGUCAGCAGACUGAGAGAUUGUGCUACAACUGUCGCCAGUCCGGCCACGAGUCGUCCGCUUGUCCAGAGCCAAAGUCCACCGCCUCCAAGCAGUGCUACUUGUGUGGAGACAUCGGCCACGUCCAGAGCGACUGUCCAAACAGCGCUCAGGGCUCUAAGUGCUACAACUGCUCUGAGUUUGGCCACAUCUCUAGAGAGUGCCCAAAGAACGAGGGCGGUGCAUCUUCUGCUCCAGCUCCAAGAAGAGGCGGUAAGUUUGGCGGCGCCAAGGGCACUAUGUGCUACAAGUGCGGUGGCCCAAACCACUUCGCCAAGGACUGCCAGGCUGGCGCUGUCAAGUGCUACUCCUGCGGUAAGAGUGGCCACAUCUCCAAGGAGUGCACUCUUGCCACCGACAAGGUGACCAAGGCUUGCUACAACUGUGGCAAGACCGGCCACAUUUCCAAGGACUGUGUUUCUGUCAACUAG